UCAUACAUCGAUCGUACGUUCGGAGAUGUCUGAGUUGGGAAGGAACGAAGAAUAAAAAAUCCAGAAAACAAUCCGUGUAAAUCAUCCGCUUAAUCAAGAUAAAACCAGAUAAAAUAGUCAUUAUCUGAAGAUUUAAUAAUUCAUGCUACAACUGAUAUCAAUUUCUAUCUACCAAAGAAUUUAAUUCGACAGAUAUUUGUUAACAAACGGCACGGAAAAUUGACCACAAAUUUGAAGAAGUGUAUACGUGUACUGUACGUACGCGUGUAGUACAUACAGUUGGCUAGCUAUGUGUGCGACUAGAACAAGAAACAAUAUGGCCACGGAGACUCGAUAAACUUUGAAGCCAUUGCCUGAGCUGUGGCGGCCAUGGAAUUUGUGCUGGGAAUGUGAGCUACAAUUCGCAAUUAUUUGAGAACUUCAAUAUAGUACUGGACAGUCGAUUGGACUUAUCUUCUUGGACAGGACGUUUAAAAUUUUGCUUGCAAGUUGCUAAUCAACGCCCAAACGUUCCCCGAUUGUCUUACGCACAGUGCUGACAGCCGUUACCGUACGGAAAGUCGCGCUGGUCGUGGCCCGGUGAACCGGGCGUGUUUCCGUGAUGGUGUACGGCGCACCGGCUCUGAAGCAACGAACACUUGACUUGAACAACUGCAAAUGAAUCUACGACUGUGUGUGACUUCCUGUGUGCUUCACUUUUACAUUGAAAGUUAUGCUUUGCAAAUAUAUUUUGUGUGAACACAGAUUUACUUAUAGAUGACUUAACUGAAAGGUGAACUACGUUGUGUACAGACAGAAGUUCACUAUGCCAGGCAAUCACAAGAAUCGGGGCGGAAGCCCUACUUAUUAUCAUGAACACAAAGACAGCCCUAGCAAGAGGAAACAUGCCAAGUCCUCAAAGUCUGGACGACACAAAAGUAAACGAUCACGGGACAAGGUCAAGGAACAGGUCGUGAAACCUCUGGUGGAGUAUGACGAUGUCAGCAGUGAGGACUACUCCUUGAGUCCCCCACCUUCUCCCACUCCUCCGCCAAAGCGCAGAGCCUCUCCCCAACCCCAGAAGAAACGGAGACACGUGUCCCCAGCAACGGCGAUUAAAAUUUAUAAGACACAGCAGGGGAAAGAGUCUCCCCAUGUAUCAAACUCUAAGAAUUCUUCCUCUAGGAGGCAACCGUCCCCUGAAACCUACUCUGUGUCGCAGAAGAGCCACUCGUCCUCCAGAAAAGGAAGGGCCAGUGAAGCCUCCCGGCCAAGGGCUUAUCAGAGCUCUCCCCCUCCUCCAACCAGGUACCACACUUCACCUCCCAGGUACUCUGCAUCUCCCAAGCGAUCCAAGCAGUCCAAGAGUAAGCAGAAGUAUCGAAAGUCACCCACGAGUAGCAGGAAGAACAGAAGUCCAAGUCCCGACUACUAUCAGACGUCCAGACAAAGCAACAAGUCUAGAAGUAGAAGUCCCUCCUACAGCAAAUCUAAAACUAAAAGCAGGAAGAGGCAUCAAAGGAUAUCCCGGUCUCCAAGUGGCAGUCCGUAUCGAAGAUCCAAACACUCUCCGUCCAGGUCUCCUUCGCCUUAUCGGGGCAAGAAACGGGCACGGAGCCCUACCCCUAAUUUUCCUGCCACAAAGUUUCAUUCCUCCAUUGGAGGGGAAGUCCAGAAGUACAGGAAGAAAACCGUUCAGGCAGCUAAGGCCAAGGUGGUCAAACAGGAGAAGGAACCUUCUCCAGAACCUGUGCCAGAACCUGUCAAGGUCAAACAGGUCAAACAGCCAAAGCCAGAGAGCCCAAUGGUUUUUACAAUUAAGAAUGAUUUGAAGGAAACCGCCUCACCUCAACGAACAGUCGUGGAAUUGCCAGAUAGAGGCCUUAUUAUCAAAAAGGAAUUGAAGCCAGUUGUGCCAUCGCCAGUGCCAGCCCCAGCACCUGUAAGAACCACCCCUCCCCCAAAGCAAACUUCAGCAAGGCCACCUUUGCCCCUCCCGCCUAUGAUAGACGCAGUGGACAGUCCUGUGAUAGCGCAAAAAGGUAAAGGCGAUGUUGCUGAACGAAUGCGAAACUUGUCCAGGGAUCGUGCACGAUCAAGGACAUCGAUAACUGAUCUUCCGCUCCCGCCAAUGGCUCCAACCCCCGAUGAAUCACCAGUUGACACGCCAUCGCCUCAGACGCAGCUUCAUUUGAGGGCCAAGGAGAAGGAUACAAAGGACCCCAAAGUGGACUUGGGUAAGCGGGAGAUGAUCAGGCAGAGGAGGGCAAAAAUGGCUGGAAGCUCCUUGGAUUGGGGAGAGAGGUGUGUGGAUGUCUUUGAGAUCAUCAACCAGAUUGGAGAAGGAACCUAUGGCCAAGUGUACAAAGCCAGGGACAAAGAUACAGGUGAACUGGUGGCACUGAAGAAGGUGAGGACGGACAAUGAGAAAGAGGGCUUUCCAAUCACAGCCGUCAGAGAGAUCAAGAUCCUCAGGCAGUUGAACCAUGACAGUGUAAUCAGGCUCCAUGAGAUUGUCACAGACAAACAGGAUGCGCUGGACUUCAAAAAGGACAAAGGAGCCUUCUACCUGGUAUUUGAGUACAUGGACCAUGAUCUAAUGGGACUGCUGGAAUCUGGGCUGGUGAACUUUAGCGAGGAACAUGUCAGGAGCUUCAUGAAGCAGCUCCUUGAUGGCCUGAACUAUUGUCAUAAGAGGAACUUCCUGCAUCGGGAUAUCAAGUGUUCCAACAUCUUAUUGAAUAACAAGGGCCAUAUCAAGUUGGCUGACUUUGGUCUUGCCAGGUUGUACCAUGCCGAUGACAAGACCCGCCCUUACACCAACAAGGUCAUCACCCUGUGGUACCGGCCACCAGAGCUCCUGCUCGGGGAGGAGCGGUACGGUCCCGCGGUGGACGUCUGGAGCUGCGGCUGUAUCCUGGGGGAGCUCUUCACCCAGCGCCCCAUCUUCCAAGCUAACCAGGAGCUGGCACAGCUGGAGCUGAUCAGCAGGAUCUGCGGCACUCCUACCCCGGCGGUCUGGCCGGACGUGAUCCGCCUUCCACUCUUCAACACCAUGAAACCAAAGAAGAUGUAUAACCGGAGGCUCAGAGAAGAGUUCUCUUUACUACCCAAAGAUGCCCUGGAUCUCUUGGACGGAAUGUUGACCCUUGACCCCGACAAGAGAACCACUGCUGAAGACGCGCUCAACUGUGGCUGGCUGCAGACUUCGGGCACGGGAAAGCUAAGCCAGCCAGACUUGCCACAUUGGCAGGAUUGUCAUGAACUGUGGAGUAAGCGCAGACGCCGCCAGGAGAGGCAGCAACAGCAGCAGCUGGCAGCUCAAAAUAAAGCAGGCAAUGGCCCAGAUCCAAGCCACUCUAAAUCCAGUCGCAAAGAGCCUCCUCCUCCUGCCCCUGCAGUGACCGAGGAGGAAGCUCCUCAAAUACCCGGACUUGGAUCAGAAGAGCCCAGUAGCUCAAAGAAAGGAAGUAAGGCUGCCAGCCGCUCCAACACUCCCCAAGCCCCAAGAGAAGGUAAGGAUUCAUCAAGUGACGGUGGGAAAGCAACGGGUGAAAAGAAACUGGCCAAGUUAAUCAACCUGCUCCAGGCUCAGCCUCAGCUCAAUGUCAACAAGCUUGCGGAAACCCUCAACGUGCAAGUGGAUGCCUCUACUAUCAAGCUCUUGGAGAACCUGAACAUGCAGCUCUUGAUUGCAGCACAUGCUACGAAGCAGAAGUCCAAGGAAGGGGGAGAUGAUGCCAAGCCGUUGCCGUUACCUACCAAAGAAGUCACAACCGAUUUGCUUGUGAAGGCCUUGGAAGGGUCCAAAGGGUCGGGUGGUGCCCUAGAGCAGGUGUUUGGGCCAUCCUCUUCAGAGCAGAAGAAACACGCUAAGGAAAUUGCAACCUCUCUUGCCCAGUAUGUCUCUGCCUUGUUUGGUAAACCAGUGAAUCCUUCAAAGGGUCCAACAGAUCCAGCUCCGUCUAGUGUCGUUAGUCAGGGUAAGAGUCAUGGUAAUGCCCAUCAGAGCACUUCUAUCGUCACCCCGCCCUCCGACUCCCGUAGCUCUUAUAUAGACAAUCUUAGUGGCUCUCAGGGUGGAGAAUCUUCCAGUGUGCCAUUUUCCAGGAAGAACUCCAAGCCUGACUUUGGUGUAUCGGAUGACUCUCAGCAGAGCUGGAAACCCCCAACUCCUCUGGGGCCACCACCCGAGUCCCCAGAGGCGGAAGAGCAGGAGCAGCAACAAGAAGAAGACACAAGUCUGGUGACUCCUGGUGUGAAGGCUGCCUUGAUGCAGAUGAUUGCCCAACAGGGCCUGUCCGAGCUGGGCAUUGAUAACCAGCCUGUGGACCCCAAUCUGCCUCAACCACCGGAACCAUCCCUGCCACCCCCAGACAACGCACCUCAGGAUCCCUUCCUACCUCAGUCAAAGGCUAUCUUCCCCAGCGGACAGUACUGCAAAGAGGACCCCUCCAAGGCAUCGGGAAGCGGAGACAGGGCGAACUCAGUUGGCGCAGGGAAGAGCAAGGGUAAAAAUUGGUCCUCUCCCUUCAAUCGAGGAGGGGGUAGAGGAGGGUUUAAGGGAUCUCACAGGGGUAAUAAGAAGGGACCCGUUGGGCCAGGGACAGGGUGGUCAUGAUGAUAGUAAAGACAAGAGUUACUCUAUUUUUUACACUCCUCUUAUAGAGACAGGAAUGUUGAAAAUCACAAAUAUAUUAUGAUAGUCAAUUGUCAUAAGUUCCUAGAAGAUAUUCCCUUGCUCUCUCUUGGUUUGUACUACUGUCAUCAGCUAUUGAAAUUAAAAGACACAAUGUAUUUGCCUAUUUAUCAAACUUUGCUUUUGUGCUUUCCUAUAAAAAGCUUUGUUUUUGUAGGUAUCAUAUGUGGACGGUGACAAUUCAUUGAUGUAUUAUGCACUUUUGGGACACAUUUCUUUUAAAAUUUAAAAAAUGCAUCUUUAGCUACUCACUUGACAGAGAUUUGUUGAAAUGAUUUAGCAGCUUUAGUGGCCUUGAUAAUGUCUUGAUAAAGUAUUGAAAUAUGGUGCACAAUAUUUUGCCAUUUGUAUAGAAAGCGAUGUUUAGUAUAUAAUAGUCAAAAGUGCCAUGAGUAGACCAAAGUCUUCUUUUUAUAAUUACUUUUUCAGUUUUAAUUAGGAGUUUAAGUAGGAUUUGUGGAAACAAAGCACCAUAUUUCAUUUUCAGCUAAUAAUAGUCUGUUUAUCAGAUGGCAUGAAAAGAUUAUUAUAUUACCAUGGCAGCGCUAGAUCAAGUGAUCCAUAAUUUGAUCUUUUUAAAACUUUAGACAGGAAAGAUACAAUUUGUAAAACAAAGAGAUAUUUUGUGAUUCUAAACUGGCUUCCUAUAAAUCAUUGACAGGUGAGUUUUGCAACUUCUAAUGAACCCUUUCUUAUGCAAUCAAGGCCAAAUAACAAACUAAAAUGCAAGCCUCGAUAGUUUGAAAGAUAUUUCUUUUCAAUGUUUAAUUUGAAUUCCUUACCAAAACCCAUGCCAUAGAUGCAUUUCAAAAUGAAAAUGGAUACAAAUCAUGAUGUUCUGGAAUAAGGAAGAAAUAUCAAUAUAAACAAGAAACAAUUACAAAACAAAUUGAAUGUGAGACGAUCACAUAGAAUGUCUUUAUCAUGGAAUGUCAAACAAAACCUUUACUGGGCUUUUGAUUGGCAAAAUCAAUCAAGAAAGGGAGGGGGGGGGGUGAGAUUUUUUUUACCAAAGCCAAUUAAAACAACAGGAGGGAGUUAUUUCUUGUUGAGACACCCCUCCCAGUGCAUUUUCCAGUCCUUAGUAAUUUACUGACAUGAAAGGACAUUAUUUGAAUUUAUUUCCCCCUCUUUCUAUGUUUUAAUGAUAUCUCUAUUUCAGAAUUUGCAAUGAUCAUCAACUGGUAACUAAAACAAAUCUUCCUUCUGUUUAAGAAUUUUCAUGCAUCUGAUAUGAAACAUUCACAGAUCUUACUCAUGAUGAUGUUUUGGUCAACUAAUUUGUAGGUUGCCGAAAGUAUUUUAAACGUUACUCCCUCCCCCCAAAACUGUAUCUUGAAGAAAAUUCAAUAAAAUCAUCUUAAACAUUGUGUCAGACAUGAAGGAUCAGAUAAAAAAUGUUUAAUAAUUUUAUGGCUUACCACCUAAGGAGAUGUCUUGAUAUCUUUGGAGUGAUCUGAGGUAGGAUCUUCAAAUUGGUAUUUAAAGAUCAGCUUAUGAACUCAACGGCUUUUGGGGUCGCAGAGUAAAAGGGCAUUUAUGUCUACAAAUUUAUCCUCAUUCAUUUUGCUCUUCUGAUUAAGUAUUAGUAAACGCUAAUUUAAAGGAAUUAUCCAGGUAGCUUGAUAAGACCUAAAAAAGAAGAAUUGGUAUGGAAAUGUUGUAUGACAGUUAGGAUUCUUAAUAAUAACCGUUGGCUUACAACAACUAUUUCUGAUUGUAGAACUGAUUUAAUUUUCAGGCCCAUAAGGGCAAAGGUUAAAGGUCAUUCGACUGACUGGUAAUGUCUUGUGGUUAACUAUGGUAAUGGUGACGAAAGUCACUUUGUAUUUUUAUGUUUAAAUUGUAGAUAUCAUAAAGCUCUAAUUGUUUUGUAUUUCUUUGUUUAUGUGGGAGAAAACCAGUUUUCAUCACAUUUCUUUUUAUGAAAGAGUUCUUAACAAUUAUCACAAGAUAGAAAUGUAGAAUGUAGGAACACUUUGCUAGUUAGUAGUUGUAGUAUAGAUGUUGUUGAUUUUAGACGAUAGCUAUGCAGAUGAGACUUUAGUGAUGAAGUGAUGAUUAAAUAUGUUGUAAAUAUAAUGGGUGAAUUUGGAUCAUAGUACUCGGCGUGCACAUGCACCUUUGCUUAUUGAUGUCAAACAAGAAGAUAUUCAUAUGAGCCGGCUAAAUUAAGAGCUGUAAUUAUAUAUUUUUUCCAUGUAAAAAUUUCAAGCCGGUCAGAUAUUAAGUAGAGACCGACACAAGGUUAAUUUGCGUCAUCAGCUAGUGCAAGUGUAAUAUGUAAAUCAUUAAAAAUCUGUGAUGUGUUGAUAAGCAAAGAAAGAAAUUAAAAAUGUAUAAAAAGA